AUGACGACUCAGCCGAAAAGUAAUGGAACUCACGUUCUUCCAGAGGACAAGGAUUUAAUUACCCAGCAUGGCUACAAGGCGUGUGGCUUCGUUUUAAACAUCGGCCUAUACUCGUUUACUGAGAUAGGCUUUGGCUCCAUAGUCUGGGAUGCAGCUCUUGCUUUGCUACAGUACUUUGAGGAACAGAAGAUGAGCUUCGUGCAGAAGAAGGUGAUUGAGCUGGGCUCGGGCACUGGAAUAUUGGGCAUUCUAACAGUCCUUCUAGGCGGAGACGUCACCAUUACAGACAAGCCAGAGGUUCUGAAGCAAAUGGAAUGGAACGUUGCGGUCAAUAUUCCUUCCUCCUGCAGAUCUCGUAUCAAAGUCCGUGCCCUAUCCUGGGGUUACGAUCACACUUCAUUUCCUUCAGACUACGACUACAUCCUUUGUGCGGAUAUCAUGUAUGAUUCUGAAAGUUUUCCUUUAAUUUUAAAGACACUUCUGCAUCUCAGCAAUGAAAAUACGAUUAUUUAUUUCGCCUCCACAAUGUCAAUAGGCCAUGGUUUGAUUAAUUCCGGUUAUAAGUUUCUGUCUCAGCAUUUUAACUCCAAGCUUGUUUACAGAAACGAAGCCAAAGAUGUCCGAGUGUACAAAAUGACUAAAAUGAGCAAUAAUGAUUUAGCUUAA